UAUGGCCCUAACUCUCUUGCACCUGCACUCACAAAUAAAUGUCUAUAUGUUUUUAAAGUAAAAUAAAGUUUAUAAUCUUUAAAUAUCAUUUGUUGCGAUUUUUAUGUGCCCCUCUGGUUAAACACUGGCCCCUCCUUGGCCGCCCUAGUAAAAAUUGUCUAGAACCGCCACUGGUGUAAUAACUUGUGUUGAUGUAGUAGUUGAUGUAGUAAUAGUAGUAGUAGACAUAGCAAGCACCAUAACAACCAUAAUUUCUCUCUACAUGCCUUGGAUCUUUUACUUUAUAUUUAUUUUACAUGUUUUACUUGUGCUUUGCCUGCACUGGUAUUUCCUUCAGAUAAUGCAAAUCUGCUUAGAAAUGUAUUUUCUUUUUAUUUAAUUCAAGUUCUGUAAUGUUGUUUAGAGUGCGUACAACAUGGCAUGUUACAACAGCAGUGACUGAGACAGUGGCGGGUAGCGCGGCUGUCUAAUGGAUAUAGAGAAACACACCCACGGGGGCAGAACCCUCGAAGUUGAUGGACGAUGAAGCUGUGUGCAUGUCAUCUCUUGGGGCACUUUCAGUAAACUUUAUCACUUGCUUAAGAACCGUGCUUGGCUUGUUUGUCAUUAGAGAGCAUUGCAAAUUAUUGUAAUGGACUUGUGUGGACUAUGGUGCAUUUGUCCUUUAAGUCUGACAAACAAUUCGCGGAAAACAGGAAAUUUCCUCCAAUUCUCACUUCUGCUUGCCUCUCCGUCGAGGCGCCAAUUGCAAUAGCCUACUAGUCUACAUGAGACUUCGUGAGAAAUGUGGUUUCGCAAACAGGGAAAUUCGCCAUGUGAACAGGAGAACAGAUGGAGAUUAAAGACGCAAUAAUAAAGAGUAAGGACCCACUGAUGUCCCCAACAUCCAACCAUGGCCUCAAACACAUGUGCAAACUUGUGGGGGCGUCUGUGCUGACAUUUCUACUCUUUUGCUUCCUCUGCCUGGGAGGGGAUGGACAACUGGGAGCCAGACUAACACCUCCUUAUCCAAGUGGGAGGACUGCAAAGACACCGUGUGGUCACCUAGAGGUGACAAACCCUCUGGUCCACGUCAGUGACUCCAGGACUUACUUAGUGUCAUCAUAUAUGGAGCAUCGGUCGGAACACUCUCUAAUUCGCACAAUUGCUAUUGUGAAACGCGAGGAGAAGCCUAGCUAUUCCUGCAUGUUUUGCUGUGAUGAAGAACUCCAAAAUAGCAACGCCAUGGAUGAGAUCCACUCUGACCACUUUGGGUUUGACUACGGCACGGCGGACAUCUUGUGCUCAGUCCCUGAAAAUUGCUCGAUGCCCUCUCACAUUGCAAUUUACACAGGGCCCCUUAGGGGCCAAAAACCUCCCGUUCUCCCCAUUCGUAACCAACAGGAACGCCAGGAGUCCUUCCCUUACCAGUUUACCGUCUGCAUCUCGGUGAUGUACGACUACACCAACGUCAUGCAGUUGGUGCAGACCCUGGAGAUGUUCAGAUUGCUAGGAGCCCAGCACGUGGCCAUCUACAAGUCCAGCUGCAAUGCGGCCACUCAGAGAGUGCUGGAUUACUAUGUUCAGGCUGGCUUUGUUGAGAUCAUCCCCUGGCCCAUAACCGAGUAUAUUAACGUGUCACGAGGCUGGCAGCAUUCGGUCUCUCCCGGGGACCUGCACUACUUUGGGCAAAUUGCGGCGCUGAACGACUGUGUGUACCGCUUCAUGUACCAGACCCAGUACGUGGUGCUGCAGGACCUGGACGAGAUCAUCGUGCCGCUCACGGUGGACACCUGGACGGAACUGCUGCCACUGCUGGAACAGCAGUAUGGCCGCUACAUCAGCUUCGAGUUUGAGAACCACGUGUUCCGGAACACGGUGAGCGGGAGGAACGCAGCGCAGCGGCCGACGGAGUGGCUCGGGGUCGCCGGCGUGGACAUCCUGGAUCACGUGUGGCGCGAGCCAAAUGACCCAAAUGCCUUCAACAACUUCAAGGUGAUCGUGAACCCCCGGAUGGUGUACCGCACAACCGUGCACGGCCUUCUAUGGGCGGACAGCGAAGGGGUCCGCGUGGACCGUGAUGUGGCCCGGAUGUACCACAUCAGAGCCCCCUGGCGUCAGGAUGUCACCGAUGACAAACUCAUUCAGGACGAGCGGCUUUGGGACUAUGCCCCUCGUCUCAUUCCUGCUGUUUCAGACGUUCUGAAAAAGACCUCUCCAAGAUAGUGUUUGCUGUGCCACAAAUGAGAUUUAAUGAGAUUGAAUUAUUUGUAUAAAACGGUUUGUUAUAUUGUUGAGGUGGUCUGCGUAAAGUGUGCCUGGUGCAUGAAAGACAAGAUAUAGAGAUUCCAUUUAAUAAUUUUAAGUAAAAAAAUGUCACCUUGUU